UAUUUGGAACUGAAGCCACGGGGUCGGAUGAGCACCAUGUUUGGUGACGCCUUGAUGAGUCCAAGCGAUCGAGCUGCCCGACAAGCGGCUCUAAAAUCGGGUGCUCGAGUGAUUAAGGUUGAUGCUGCCGUAGGCAGUGAUCUCCCCGGUGCAUUCAACUGCUGCGGCCCGGCGAAUGCGGCAUCCGAAGCUGCUGAGAAGGUAGCUGCCAUCUACGGAAUGGAUAUAGACCAAGAUUCUGAAAUGGGUGACUCACACAUCAUUUCAAUCGGCGAUCAUAUGUCGGAAUGA